AUGAUCAACUCAUGUAUUGGAUUAAAUGAUUUACCCGAUGAAAUUCUUAUGAUCAUUUUCAAAAAACUCAACAAUCUUGAUAUACUUUAUUCUUUCCAUGGUGUCAAUAAACGAUUAAAUAAAAUUAUUCAGGAUCCAAUUUUUACAAGUCAUUUGACUUUUGUCGAAUGGUCAUCAUAUAAUUUUAUUGAUUUAUUAUCUUGUAAUACUAUACUUAAUCGAUUUUGUUUACAAAUUUUACCUGAAAUUCAUAAUCAAAUCAAAUGGCUUGAUCUUGAAUCAUCAUCCAUGAAACAUGUUUUACGUGUUGCUCAUUAUCCGAAUUUAGAUAGUCUUGCCCUUUAUAAUACUGAUGAAGAGUCAAUUCGAUGUCUUUUUACUGAUGAAACUCUUUCAUCAGGUAUUUUCAAAAAUCAAAUUACAAAACUUUUAAUUACAAUAAAUAAAAAUGAUGAUUAUUUUGAGAUGCUACUAUCAGUGGAUUGUCUUUAUCUUCUUGAUGGUCGUUUUAAUCAACUUCAUACAUUCUAUGUUAAUUUGUGUCAUAUUCGUCGUCCAUUCGAUCAUCGCUUACACGGCCGUCAUCUAUAUGAAAUGAUAAAUCAAGAUGAUUUACCAAAUCUAAAGUGUUUUUCUUUGUCUUCGAAUUAUGAAACAUUUGAUUAUGAUGAAUUAAUUCUACCACUUCUCUAUCGAAUGUCAAAUCUAGAACAACUCGGUUUAUAUCUUCUUGUUUAUGUCAAUGAAACAUUUAUUGAUGGAAACCAUUUGAAAAAAAAGAUUAUUAAUCGUAUGCCAAGAUUAAAUCAAUUCACAUUUUAUAUUCGGUCAUCUAUAUAUACUGGUAAUAAAUUCAAUUUGCCAUCAACAGAAGAUAUUCAACGCACAUUUAUUGACUUUCGAAAUAAUGAGAUUAUUUCUUAUGUUAAUUAUUUUCUAGAAGCAAAAGAAAGUCAAUGUCAUAUAUAUUCAUAUCCACCUCUAAUGGAAUAUUACGGCGAUAUUACAAAUGAUUUUCCAGGUGGAUUAUUCGAAUAUGUUCGUGUAGUGUCAUUAAAUGAUGAACAUCCUUUUGAACAUGAAUUUUUUCUUCGAAUUCAGAAAUCAUUUCCAUUUAUGGAACAAUUAACUGUGAUUAAUCAUAAACCACAAAACAGAAAACAAUCUUAUGAAUCAAAUAUUGAUAAUCAAAACUUAUCUGUUAUUGAAUAUUUUUUUCUCAAUACACUUGAUAUUAUCAAUACCCAUGAUGAUUAUAUAGAAGAAUUUCUAUUCGAUACUAAAACGUAUUUUCAAAAUAAUGUUUAUCUUCAAAUCAAUUAUGAAUCUUUAAAACGAGUAACACACAAUUUUACAAGAGAUGCUACACGAGUUAAUUGUACCAAAAUCAAUAAAUUAUAUGUACACUGUGGAUCAAAAUGUUCGAAUUCUUUACAAGAAUAUUUUCCUUAUGCGAAAAUAUCUCAUGGAGGAAUAUUUUGA